AACGGUACUGUGAUACGGGUCCGUCCGCUGUCGUCUGUGUUCAAACAGCAACAUAUACGUAUUAUAAUAUUAUACAUAUCUAAUAUUUGUCUUGUGUUGGUUAGCUGUGGAGGCGCACACGCCGCCAUACAAUAGUUUUGAGUUACCUAGACGAGUCCGUGCGCGGCGUGCGCGUCCGACUCAACUCGGCAUACGUUUUUGUUUUGUCUGUGGGUGUGUGUGCGUCUGCGUGUGCGUCCUGUGUGUGUAUGUGUGUUUUUCUCGUCCAGACGUCGUCUAUCGAUCGACCAGGCGACGGCAAUCAUCGCAAUUGUCGCCGGCGACAGGUGUUCGUCCACCGACGGCGAUUUCAAUCUCGUAUACUGUUCAGUGUUACUGCUGUGCUACUGUUUCUGUCGAUUUUCACCACUCGCUGUUAAAAACACUUGUCGAACGUUCCGUUCAUCGUUGAACUGUCUCAGUAAGGCAGUAUGGUAGCUUAAACAGUUGCGAUUAAUUUAGAUAGUUUUGUUGUCUGAUUUGGACUUGUGCGAUGUCAGUGGUGUGCCCGACAUUGUUGAAUCUUGUAGGAUCCCGUGUCAUACGCGGUCCUAGCUGGAAAUGGAGCAAGCAGGAUGGCGGAGAAGGCUUUUUAGGAACAGUCAGGAGUUUUGAGUCUCACGAAGAAGUUGUCGUAGUUUGGGACAACGGAAUAGCGGCCAAUUACAGAUGUUCCGGUCAAUAUGAUUUGCGUGUUUAUGACAGUGGUCCAACUGGACACACUAAGCAUGAAGGAGUUGUGUGCAAUGCAUGUAAGCAAACGCCUAUCAUUGGACAUCGUUGGAAAUGUAUGAACUGUCCAGGCAAUGAAGUUUCAAGUGAUAGUUCUGUAGACCUGUGCUUUAUGUGUUAUCAUAGUGACAAACACAAUGUUCGACAUAGGUUUAUAUUGAUCCAACAACCUAUACCAAAAGAAUUAUUAAAAGACCCUCGAAGUCUUGGUGAAAAUCCAGUUAUUUUAGACCAAAGGAAAAAAUCUAAGAAAAUAACAUUGCGUGGUAUAUUUCCUGGUUCACGCGUUGUGCGUGGUGUUGACUGGCAAUGGGAUGAUCAAGAUGGAGGAUCUGUUAGCCAGAGAGGUUUAAACAAUGCUGUCUCUCAAACAAUCGUUAAACGUGGAAAAGUGUGUGAAAUUCAAGACUGGUCUGCUAUGACAGGCAGUGUUCGUUCUGCCGCCUAUGUCCAAUGGGAUAUUAAUGGUAAUACAGCUGGGUGUGUCAAGAAUUUGUACCGCGUCGGAUUUGAAGGAAUGUCCGAUUUAAAAUGUGUGUCUCCAUCUAAAGGAUCUACAACCGUGUACAGAGACCACCUGCCAUUGUUAGGCCAACACCAGCAUCAACAACGGAAUGACCACAAGCAAGGAGCGUUAAGUUUAAAUCAUCUACACAACCAACUACAAUACCAACAGCUAGAGAUUGGUGAUCGGGUGAGAGUUGAUUUGGAAUUGGACGUUGUGCGAGCUAUGCAACAAGAUCAUGGUGGCUGGACAGAUGGCAUGUAUGAAGAAUGUUUAGGAGGCGGAGUUAUAGAGAGUGCUUCUAUUGGAUCGGUGGUUGGUAUUGAUGAAGAUCAUGACGUUGUUGUUCUAUAUCCAAGUGGCAACAGGUGGACAUUUAACGCCGCUGUCCUUACAAAAGUUGUCGGACUUAGUGAUAAUCCAGUGGCAGGCAGUUCCAAUUCAGCUGCAACUUCAUCACAUGAUGACCAGGUUAUCAGAGUAGGAUCAACUGUAAAGAUUUCUAGUGAUGUGGAAUUUGUACGUCGAUUGCAAAAAGGCCAUGGCGAAUGGGCUGAUGCCAUGUCUAUGACUUUGGGUGAAGUUGGCUAUGUGCAACAAGUGUAUGAUGAUGGUGACCUUAAGAUAGUUGUAUGCAACACAUCGUGGACAUAUAAUCCACGAGCGGUUACCCUUCUGAAUGCAAAUGGAACUGUGGAAUUCAAUGAAGGCAUUAGAGACGAAACUCAAAACGACAGACGACUAAGAUUAGCUCGUGAGAGAGAAGCAAUGGGACGUGAGCUGGUGACGUCGGCAGCCAAUGGUGAUGCCCAAAACUGUCGUAGGAUUUUGGAGAAGGAAAGACAAAAGAAAUUAAGUCAAAUGAACCAAAAGCCAUCUGAAGAGCCUAUGACGGUCAGCUAUGUUCUAACACCAAGACAAGCUGCAAUGUGCUGUAAUUACACUCGUCCCCCCACAGCUGAAGAGUUGAUACUGACAAAUUUUGUGAGUAGCGGGCACACAUCAUUGCAGGCUGCUGCUCAAAAUGGUCAUGUCAAUGUUUGUCGAGUGUUAAUUGGAGAGUUUAGUGCUGAUGUUGAAUUUCAGGAUAAAGAUGGUGAUCGUGCUAUUCAUCAUGCUGCAUUUGGUAACCAGCCACAAGUGGUGCAUGUUCUGUGCGCUGUUUUUGAUGCUGAUAUAAAUGCACGUAAUAAACGAGGACAGACUCCCCUACACAUCGCUGUUAACCGUGGGUAUGCUGAUGUAUGCCGCAUUCUGUUGCGCCUAAAUUGCUUGCCAAACCUGCAGGAUAAUGAAGGUGACACACCACUACACGAUGCCAUAUCUCGGAGACGCGAUGACAUCGUAGCCAUGUUGUUGGAAGGAGGAGGUGGAGGCUUUGUUAUUAGUAAUGUACCCUCAAGUGCUGUGACCAGCAAUGUUUUGAGUGGAUGCGAACGCGCCUAUGACCGCUCAUUUCCUAGGCCACCAUCUACAGAUCAGGCUACGACAAGUUCUGCCUCAAUGAACGAUUCAAACACAGCAAGUACUAUCUUAACAACCAGUAUUGCUGCCAGUACUUCUGUAACGCCUAAGGAUAACAAUGUUGCAAAUGCUGCUAUGAUCGAAGUGGAAAACGAAAAAAGGACAUCGUCAAUAAUGGGUGGUCAAGAAGAUGGUGCCGUUGGUUGUGCUGCCACUGCAUGUUCUUCUUCUGAGGAAACUUCCAAAUCCAUAGGAACAAGUGGAAGUGCUGUCACAACUGCUGACACAGAACCUGGAUUUCCAGCCAUUGGAUCACCGCCUGCUGAUCUCAUGGUGGUCAACACAAAUGGUUUCAACCCGCUGCAGCAUGCGGCACUACGUGGUAAUCCUGGAGCUACCGCCAUCAUAUUGGACUGGAUAGCCACAAACGGCGGCCGAGGCAACAACGCCGCCGGCCAUCGCUUCUGGGUCGUGGAUGAGCCCAAGGAUGACGGAUACACUGCUCUGCAUUUGGCUGCUCUCAACAAUCACAACCGUGUGGCGUCAUUGCUGCUGGUCCGUGGACGGGCCGACCCGAACAAACGAAAUGUCAACAAACAGACGGCCCUUCACCUGGCCGUGGAACGUCAGCACGCAGAUAUCGUUAAGCUCCUCGUUUACCACUCCGCCGACCCGAACAUCCCCGAUAAGGACGGUGAUACGCCCAUGCACGAGGCUUUGCGCCAUCACACGUUGCUGCAGCUCAAGACAGUCGGCACACCACCUCCGCCUGGAGUGGGUUUGGGAAACAGUCCUAGGGAUCCCAACACUAAGUUCCGGUCAGACGGUGGCGGUGGCAUAUCACUGAGAAACAUUCUCGCCGGCAACAGGGUCGUACGCGAUUAUCGAGAACUAUCAGACGACAGUGAAAACAUGUAUUCAACAGUCAGUCGUACCGUUACGAGCCAUCCAUGUCCCGUUGAACAGGCGACGGCACUUUGGGCGGCCAAGGGUCCCGCGUACUUAGAAAUGUUCGCUUCGCCGGUAUCCGCGGUGCAAAGAUUGAUGGCCGAGCUCCUUGGAGCAGCCGAAGAGUUUAGACGUUUGCGCAUAAAUUCCAGCAGUGACAAUGAUGCUGAUGACAAUAAAGAUAGCGACUUUGCUACCGCGCCCGUCUUGAACAACAUGCCACCCCCGAUCAAAAAUAAUAAAUCAAAGAAAGUGAUUAACCGCCGUCGGAUAAAAAAAUCUCCAUUGCGAACUAUACGCCAGCAGACCGUCGACGACCAAACCGGUCCGCGAUUGGCUGGAGAAGCACGCGCCGCAGCCCUGGCGGCCGCCAUGGCUAUUUCCGGUAAUGCUAGUCGGGAUCUUGGUGAACGACCUUCACGUAGAUCAGGGCCUAGUUCCGAUCAUCAUGUGGACGAAGAAGGGCGUCCGGGCGGUGAGACUGCGGUUUCAGGACGAAAUAUUUUUGGACGGCCCAUUCGUGGCCCGAUUUCGCGGUCUGCACCAGCCUCCCCAAGCAAUGGAAACGUGAUCCCGCCACCACCCAAUGCCACCGUAGUUGUUUGCGUGCUUGCUGGCACCGGUCGCGCUGAUUUAUGGGUGCGCAACAACCGUGGACAAACGCCGUUGGAUCUUUGCCCGGCCGACCAGCCUUUGCGCCGUGCUUUGAUCAAAUGCUGUGAUGCGGCCGCUCAAGCCCGUAACGUUCAAACUACUAACACCACUGCCACCGCUGUGGGUGAAACUGAUGGUUCCAAUUCACAGGCUUUAUCUGUUGAGAGGCCUCAGCAAUCUCAACUGACUCUUAACAACAUGCCGCCAGACUAUUCUAUGAAAGCGCCGUAUCACGAUGCAUACGCCCCCCUGUUAUCAAGAGAGCCAGAUCCCCCAAAAGAGUGCUCCAAGACAUUCGCUACUCGAAGUGAUGCAGAAUUCCUUAAACUAUCGUCGUCAGUCGCAAACCGUUUUUUGAGCAUCGGGAUUCCUCCACCGGCGCCUGGUAUGAUGUUGAUGGAAGAUAAUACCCCGGCUGUUCUUUUGCAAGAUGAGCCCUCUACUUCGAGAAUCGGUAUGCCUCUUGGUGCCGUGUCUGACGAGAGAGUGGAUAGUGAUGUAAUGAGAGAGAUAGACAAUGACGUUGACAACAACAGCAAUGACCAGGAACCAGAUUUUGUGGACGAUGACAACAUUUUAAGCAUCACUAGUAAUGAUAACGGCAGCACAGUGAUUGAGAAUUGUAAUAACAGCAGAGCACCUACUGCAAGCGAUCAGAUGAACGUAGCUGCUGGUGGAAGCAAUAACAGCAAACCUUCCACUUCAUGUGAUCUGUCAGUUAUAAAUAACACAAUGUCUCGGUCACGAGACAAGCGAACUAACGAAUUGGAACAGGAGCAAAUUGACAUUGCGAAUGCAUCAGUACCAGAAGAACGGCAAAACCCUCCCAUGGAUGUGGCGGUGGUAGCAAAUCCGCCCAAUGUUCAGGAGCCAGGACUAGUGGAAAAGCUCAUGCAGCAGUUGAAUGAUCUCAAGGAAAUGAAUAUGUGCCCCGUAUGCUUGGAUCGAUUAAAAAAUAUGGUGUUUAUGUGCGGGCAUGGAACGUGCCAAUUGUGCGGUGAUCGCAUGGCCCCUGGACAACCUUGUCCCAUUUGCCGUAAACCAGUUGCACACAAGAUAUUAUUGUACUAAAUCCCAGACAACAAAAUCAACAAUAUUAAUAUUAAUCUUCUACUGAUCUUCUAGGCAUUAUACCAUAACCAUUUAUUUUAAAUUCUUAUUAUACUUUCACUAGAUUAGAUGAGAUUUUAGAGAGAUCAUAUCUAGUGUGUAUCAAUCUAUUUUUUCAAUUUUUUAUUGAAUUUAUCUCAUUAGUUCAAUGUUUGCUCUACUGUAAACUUAGUAUGCACUUUAUUUUCUCCAAUUCUGAGCCAUUAUUUAACAUUAAAUAAAAUAUUGGUAACUAUUAUUGUAUGACUAAUACACAUGUUUUUUUUUUUUGAUUUUUUUACUCGGUCAUACAUAUUAUUGAUUUUAUAUACUUUAGACAAUAGCAAUGAAUAAUGGAUUUCAUACUGUUGUUAAGUUAUUAUUAAAUCCAAAAUAUUUGUGAUAUAAAUAUAUUAUACUUAUUGCUUGUCUAAAGUUUAUUUUAAUUUAUAAUCAUACAAUGUAUGUAUAAGAUGUGUUGUAUGGCCGAACAAUUUAAUGUUUUAUGUCAUUAGCUUUAAUCAAUAUAAUUUUAUUUAUGUAGUAUUAGUUUCUUUUAAUAGCAUUUAUUUUUGUAUUAUUUUGCAGUAGUUAUUUGUAACCAAAAAAGAUGGUAUACACAAAUAAUAUUAUUAAUUCAUAAUCAUUUAAUUUUAGUUAUAUAUUACUGGUUUACUUGACUAGAAUUUAUUUUUAAUAUUAAUUGUUUGUAGUUAUUAGUAGUCAACAGACAUUAUACUCUCAAUUAAUAUUAUUACUAUUUAUAGUAAUUUAUUUUUUUAUUAUAAUAGGUAUAUAAUUCAUCUAGUUGUACUAUUAUUAUCAAAAACAUUACUAUUCUAUCAUUAUUCAUUAUUACAUACCUUAUAUUACUCAAUUCAAAUAUUAUAAAUUUAUAAUAAUAUUAAUUUUAGAAGCUUGGUUAUUGAUUUCUUUAGUAUUAGUAAUAGUCUAUUAUGAUAAAUUAUAAACAGAAGUAUAUAGUAUUGGGGUGUAUUCUAGACUUGCAUAUACCACUCAAAGUAGAAGUAUCAGUUAAAAUAUGAUUCAAAAAAAUGUAUUUCAUUUAUUAUAGUUUGUACAACAAUAUUCAACUCAAUAUAUCUUUUGUUUAUCAAAAGUACUGAAAAUUAAGAUGAUGCUAACAGACAUUUUUGACUCUGUGUUACAAGUGCAAAACAUAACAAAUUUUGCACUCAACAGAUCACAUUUAUCUUCAUAAGUUUAAAAAUGAUUUGAGACAACAAAUGUCCGUGUAGUGUCCUCUUAAUUGUGUGCUUAAGGUUAUUUUAUUUAUAGUACAAUUUAUCGUCAAUCAUCUGUAUUAACCAAUAUACUUGAUAUUUUAUUAUUAUAUACAAUUUCAGAAUUUUUUUUCCAAAUUUGUAGUUUAGUAUAUGAUUAUUAUUAUUAUUAUUAUUAUUAUUAUUAUUAUUAUUAUUAUUAUUAUUAUUAUUAUUAUUAUUAUUAUUAUUAUUAUCAUAGGCGGCGCAGACUAGAUGCAGGGUAUUCAAGUAACAAAAUGUUCUCCCCAAAAAUAUAAAUGCCUAUAGUAUUGCCUUAAAAAUAUUUACUACAACUUUUGAUGUUUGUAUUGCUUCUUACUGGCUAUAAAAAUAUAAUUUUUCAAAAAAAAAUUAAUGUUGAAAAAUAAAAACAAUAUUUGGUUACAAAUACAUGUGUAUUGAAAAGGGUAUAUAAUUUUAUUUCAUACUUCUCGUCAUAUAAUCAAGCCGUGAACCUAGAUUGUACUUAUAAAUUUCGUUAUUUGUUCUUUUUUGGACUUCAUUCAUAUUAUGCCUUCUAAAAAAAUGUCUGCCCCAGCCCAUAGGGGAUGCAAG